GCAUGUAUCUCUGGCCUCCGAGCCAUCCUCUGCCUCUGAGUCCCCCUCUUCAUCCAAGAUUUCUUCCUCCUGGGUCGAUCCACUCUCGACUGGCACGUGAGCCAACGAAGUAUCCACAGGGGCCUUUGCAGUGGAGGUGGGGUCGCCACCAAGUAUCGCAUCCAGCUCUUUGUAGAAUCGGCAGCUCAUGGGCGCAGCAUCAGAGCAGCGGUUUGCCUCCUAUGCCUCAUGGAAGGAGUAAAAACAGAGAAUGACCAUAUCAAUCUAAAAGUAGCUGGCCAGGAUGGAUCCGUGGUGCAGUUCAAAAUAAAAAGGCAUACACCCUUAAACAAACUAAUGAAGGCUUAUUGUGAGAGACAGGGUUUGUCAAUGAGACAGAUUAGAUUCAGAUUUGAUGGACAACCAAUUAAUGAAACUGACACGCCUGCACAGCUGGAGAUGGAAGAUGAAGAUACUAUUGAUGUGUUUCAACAGCAGACAGGUGGAGUGUGUUAAACAUGCUGUCCUUUUGGGAAGAGGAAUUUAAAGACCCUUGUCACACCUCACUUUCUCAUCUGUCCUUGGAUUUGCUAUUAAAUAGUAAUGAAUGAACAUGCCAAUCACACAGGAUUCUUCUAAAACUUUAGAGGACAUUUACCAAAAUUGUUCUGCUGUCCCUCUGACAUACUGCGUGUGCAAGUCAAAACUGUAUCUGCAGGGAUUAACCUACAUCUUAAAUUGGGCCAAAUGGAAUUAAACUGAAAAGUUAAGUAAAAUCUGGGUUGUCUGUCUGCUGUUACCUUGUUUAUCUAAACCUGUGGCCUAAGUAUCCCCCUAUAUUCUAGGACACAGAUUGUUAAUUCCUGGCUCUUAUUAAUUAUUGCCCCACUGCAUAAUUCUAAUCAUGUAAAUAUAUCCUCACUUCAGUAGUGAGUUUAAAAUCUCCUCCUACAAUAGGGCAAGUGAAGGGAAGGAAAGGUUAUUGAUUUAAAAGUUUUUACUAUGUGUUGUAAACACAGUUAUUAUUGUAAAACUCAAAACCUAUGAUACAAGGACUGUACGUGCAGAUAUGAGGCUUAGUAUAGAGUAAAUGUUUAAAUAUUGCAAAUGUACAUGUGCUUUGUCAUAAUCUGAUAAAAUAGAUUGAAAUUUGUUUUAAAAAGCAAACAUAAGAGAAUUGCCCAGAAUUAAUUUCAGCAAUUGAGUUAUUACCAGAAUGCUAGACCAAACCUACUAGUGUUCAUGACUGAACACUAGUGUAUUAUGUUCCAUAAGAAUAAAAAGAAAAAAGUCCAUCGUCACAGCUCACUAUCGGUUUACUAGGUGAUGGACAAAAAAAGUGCAACUUGUCCCUAUCAUCCCCUUUAAUACAAACAUAGAAGUUGUAUCAUUAUUACUCACUUGGUACUAGUAAAUAUGUGGCCUCUGGUUUCUUUCAGUACAUGUUUCUUAUGGAUAAAUGUGGUCUUACAUAAAACAAACCAAAACCUCUAACAAACAGACUCUUGAUAAGCUUCUGGCCAAGCUGUAUGUGCAGAAGAACAAUUAAAAGAUUGCUAAGCGCAAAAACCUUGAAAAGGUAAUUUAAGGUUCUUCUGAAAAAUUUCUGCUCUGCUGCUUCCCAAAAAUGUAUUGAAUUUUAAAUGCAUUUGUGUGGUGACUUUCAGUUCUAUAUGAUGUUUUGGGCUCUACUCCAAAUGAAAUUUUUAAAAGGUCAUCCUAUUAUCCUUCAAUAGGUUGUCCAUUGCUGCUUGAUUAGGUCAUUAUCUGCCUUUUAUAUUUACUGGACCAAUUUGACAUUAGAUCAUCUCUUUGCUUGAAAUCUGCUGGGAAAAGUCCUUAUUUUCUUUUUCAUUUUAUUGUAUAUGGGCUAGGGUGGGAUAUUCUGUUAGAGCUCAUAGUUUAUUCACCAAUUUGUACAUUACUUGUUGUUCUUUACUACUGUAUACAGUAAAUAUAGUUUGGUACUCUGUC